UCCAGCCGCCCGUCUCUGAUUCUUUCGACCAUCAUUUCCUUCCUUUCACUUCAAAAUCCCCUGGUGGGACAAACGUUACAAUUCUUGCUGCAUAUAUUUCAUUCCUCAGUGCAUUAAUGACGAAACGAGUUCACGACAGCAAGGCGGUACACAUUAUUAUCAGCAACGAUUCAUUACACACUCAACAUGCAUCGUGUUACAUUUCUUCUCGCCGUCCUCUGCCUUGGCAUGAAUGUUGAGGCUGCGCCUCAAUUUGGCAACAUCGGCAUGGAGCUAUCAUCACAGUUCGAGGACCAUACCAAUACCACGAGCCCAGUGGUCACGAAGACACUGGUCACCUCUUCGCGCUCCAUCUCUGCGACACUCAGGGCGACGGCCCAUCUCACAGACGCAAGCAUACAAGGCGAGGAACAAGAAACGGCGCAAUCGUCUAUGCUGCAAAUGGUGCCGCCAUCAGCACCAGCAGUGGCCCAAUCACCAGACACAGUACGGGCCAUGAACGCCCUCGCACAAGCUACACCGCCGCCAGGCGCGGCAGUGGCACCCGCGACAGCAGCAGGUCCAGCAGCAGCGGCAGCGGCUGUAACUACGCCACCGCCACAAGUGCCGUCGUUCGACGAGGCGUAUGGCGAUGAAUACAUGCAGACGACGUACUGGAGCUGCAAUACCUUUGCGCUCACGACGCACUGUGGAUGGCACGAGCCCAUCAUUUACAUUGGUGGUGGGAAGAGCGGCGCUGCGAGCAGCAUAAGUGGUUCCGGGCGGUUGCUGACGGCUGCGGUGGGCGGUGCUGCGGCAGUGAUUAUCUUCUUCAUGGCUUGAUAGGGCCUUUCUAGGAAAUGGAUAUAGACCUUUGGUGGAUUUGCAGUGCUCCGAGACAAAGCGCAGGCCGCUGUUUUGGUAAGGCGGUUCGGCGUUUGAGCGGUCGGUUUGAUAUGCGUGGCGAAGGCAGCGAGAUACCCCCUGGUCAUUUUCACGAGACAACUAAGGAUCAAGCCUAUGAAAAAAAGAUCUGGAAUGUUUUACAAGUGUAUGAACACGUCGCGCCCAUGAACUCGUUCUUGGAUUCAAGCAUUCUGAUGGUGGCCAAGAGUGCACUCGUGAACAGUGACGCUGAAAGAUUCUUUAUCGCACACUCGCGCUGCAGCCAUGUCCUUUAGGUAAUCCAUGCUCUUCUUCUAGUA